ACAGCUGUCGACUCAACUCCUCCCAUGAGGAAGCUACUGAUGAGAGGAAAGAUUUUUUUUGUGAUCAAACGUAUUUCUGUACCGAGAGACAAGUAAAGAACCUUCACAAUCAAGCUACAGCUAAAAAUAUCUGGAUCUUGAGCUUCCCUGUGGAAAAGCAGGACCUAAAUCCAAUUGACUUUAUUCUUAAUAGAAUCCCAAAGCUCCUUGACUUAGAUACAGAGGACUAUCACAUUAUUCAGCGAUACCUCAGGAUCCUGACCAGGCACACAUCACAGAACACUGGACUUGUAAGUCUCCUGGUUUCUUGUUUUAGAUUUCAGACACAAAGAAUCGUAAAGGCUGCCAGAUCCAAGAAAGACAUCUCCUUUGAGGGACAGAAAAUCUCCUUUUUUCCAGAGAUAGGCCCAAUCACAAAAACAAAAAGGAGGGAAUGGAAUGUGAUCAACAAGGAUUCUCUACAGGAAGGAAGAGAAGCUGAUGUACUGUAUCCAGCCAUACGGAGCAGUAUUAAAAUGUUAAAAGCGGUAUUAAAAAAGAGCCGAGACGGUGCAAAGGGGAGCAAGAAAGAAUCAGCAGGUGACUCCUGCCCAGAGAAUGUACUGCACAUUAUUGCGACAUCUGGCUACAGUGCAGAUUCUCCCAUUGGUAAUCAGCCUGUACCUGAGGAUAUGUAUAGACUAAACUUGGCUAAAGGAGUCUCAAUGUCUUUGCCAUCAUCACCUUUGCUGCCACGCCAGUCUUACUUGAUGCAAACAAGAUCAAACAAAAAAUCCCCAGGUCCGAUCAGGAAGCCCAAGUACGUGGAAAGUCCCAGAGUGCCAGGAGAUGCGGUGGUUGUUCCAUCGAGAAAAGUAUCAGAGCCAACAGAACCCAAUCAAAAUGAAGGAAAGCCUGAUAAAGAAUCAAACUGUUCACCUGCAGCACAAGAACUGAUGACAAGAUUGGGAUUUUUACUGGGAGAAGGGAUCCCAACCUCUGGACACAUAACUGUAGAAGAAAAAAAUGAAACCAUGUGCACAGUAACCAGUCAAGGAGUCAGCCCCUGCUCUACACUAACAAGCAGCACUACGUCACCCAGCACUGAUAGUCCCUGCUCAACUCUGAAUAGCUGUAUUGGCAAAACAGCAGCUAAUAAAAGUAGUCCCUGUGGGACCAUUAGCAGCCCUAGCUCCACACUGGAAAGCAAGGACAGUGGAAUUAUAGCAACCAUAACAAGUUCAUCUGAAAAUGAUGAUCGCAGCGGAUCCAGUUUGGAAUGGAGUAAGGAUGGGAGUCUCAGGGCUGGUGUACAUCAAGGAAUUAUUCACGAUCGAAAGGCAGAUAAUUGUUCACCAGUUGCAGAAGAGGAAACAGUUGGGUCUGCAGAGAGUUUGUCUAAAGAGGAAGUAUGUACUGGAGAUGGGCCUGUUCCCUAUACACCAAGUUCUAGCUCUUUAAUAAUGCCUCGUCCCAACUCUGUGGCAGCAACAAGUUCAACCAAGUUAGAAGAUUUGAGCUAUUUAGACGGACAAAGGAAUACUCCAUUACGCACCUCAAUUCGCUUGCCUUGGCAUAACACUGCAGGAGGAAGAGUACAACAAGAAAUUAAAGCACGUUUUGCCCCCUAUAAGCCUCAAGACAUUUUGCUAAAGCCACUAUUGUUUGAAGUGCCAAGCAUAACAACAGACUCUGUGUUUGUCGGGAGAGACUGGCUGUUUCAAAUGAUCGAAGAAACCUUGAAGAAUCCGGAGCUGGAAGAAAACAGGGGAGCAGUUAUUAUUGGAAAUGUGGGAUUUGGAAAGACUGCUAUUAUUUCAAAGCUGGUGGCACUUAGCUGCCAUGGAAGUCGCAUGAGGCAAAUUGCUUCAAACAGCCCUAAUUCAUCCCCCCAAAGCAGUGACCCCUGUCAAGAGAUUCCCCUCAUUAAAUUACCAUCACCUGCUCCUACCACAAAUAGUAAUAAUACAAUGAAGAUUCUGAGUUGUCCUGGUACUCCUGAACAUCAAAAUCAAAUGGACAAAUCUGUGAGAUGUCUUGCUUCAAAGGUUGUUGCUUACCACUAUUGCCAAGCUGACAACACAUAUACGUGUCUUGUCCCAGAAUUUGUGCACAGUAUUGCAGCUUUACUUUGCCGGUCACAUCAGUUAACAGCAUAUAGAGAUCUUCUGAUAAAAGAGCCUCAUCUACAAAGUAUGCUUAGCCUUAGGUCCUGUGUCCAAGAUCCAGUAGCAGCUUUUAGAAGAGGAGUGUUGGAACCACUUGCAAACCUCAGGAAAGAGCAGAGAAUUCCAGAGGAAGAAUACAUCAUUUUGAUAGAUGGUUUAAAUGAGGCUGAAUUCCAUAAACCUGAUUAUGGUGACACACUUUCUUCAUUUAUCACAAACAUUAUCUCUAAAUUUCCUUCCUGGUUGAAGCUGAUUGUGACUGUAAGAACUAACUUUCAGGAAAAUACGAGUUCACUACCCUUUUUCAAAAUAUCCCUAGAUGACUUCCCAGAUAACAAAGAAAUCCAUGGUGACUUGAAUUCAUAUAUUCAGUACAGGAUCAAUAGCAGUCAGGAAAUUAUAAACAAUAUAUCUUUAAAUGGGAAAGCUGAUGCAGCCAUAAUCGGGAAAGUGAGUAACCACCUGAUCAUGAAGAGCUUGGGAUCUUACCUCUAUUUGAAACUGACACUGGAUCUUUUUCAGAAAGGUCACUUGGUGAUAAAAAGUGCAAGCUACAAGGUAGUUCCUGUGUCUCUAUCAGAACUUUAUUUGCUACAGUGCAACAUGAAGUUCAUGACCAACUCUGCUUUUGAGAGAGCACUGCCAGUGUUAAAUGUGGCACUAGCAUCCCUUCAUCCCAUGACAGAUGACCAGAUUUUCCAAGCUAUUAAUGCUGGUCAAGUAAAUGGUGAACAGGACUUGGAAGACUUCCAACAGAGGAUGGAGGCGCUUUCAUGCUUUCUGAUAAAAAGGCGUGACAAAACACGUAUGUUCUGCCAUCCUUCCUUCAGGGAAUGGCUUGUUUGGAGAGCGGAUGGUGAAAAUACGAACUUCUUAUGUGAGCCAAGGAAUGGGCAUGCUCUACUGGCAUUCAUGUUUUCUCGGCAAGAGGGAAAAUUAAACCGUCAGCAAACGAUGGAACUUGGUCAUCACAUUCUUAAAGCACACAUUUUCAAGGGUCUCAGUAAAAAAACUGGAAUUUCUUCCAGUCACCUUCAAUCCCUGUGGAUUGGAUAUAGCACAGAUGGAUUGUCAGCUGCCCUUGCUUCUCUGAGAAACCUCUAUACACCUAACGUGAAGGUGAGUCGUCUGCUGAUCUUGGGGGGAGCAAAUGUGAAUUACAGGACUGAAGUUCUAAAUAACGCUCCAAUACUGUGUGUUGAGUCUCACCUUGGACAUGAAGAAAUGGUCACUCUUCUGGUGGAAUUUGGAGCUGCUCUUGAUGGGACAUCUGAAAAUGGAAUGACCCCACUUAGCUAUGCAGCUGCUGCAGGUCACAUGAACUUGGUUUCACUGCUCUGCAAAAAGGGUGCAAGGGCUGACUACCUGGACAAAAAAGGCCAAUGUGCUUUGGUCCAUAGUGCAUUAAGGGGACACUGCGAUAUCCUUGAUUAUUUGCUCAGCAUUGACUGGACAGCUCCUUCCCAUGAACAAAUUUCACUGAAAAAAUGUCAUGCACUUCAGCAGGCAUUGACAGCAGCUUCCAGUAUGGGACACAGUCAGGUGGUUCGUUACCUCUUUGGGGUUGAAAAGGAACAUGAAAUAGACAUUAAUAACACUGAUGCUUUGUGGGGAGAAACAGCCCUGACAGCUGCUGCAGGAAGAGGGAAAUUGGAAGUAUGUGAGUUACUGCUUGAACAUGGAGCUGUUGUGACAAGAGCCAACAGGAGGGGAAUCCCUCCACUUUUCUGUGCAGUGCGGCAGGGACAUUGGCAGAUUGCUAAAAUUCUGUUAGAUCACGGAUCUGAUGUGAAUUUAAGUGACAAGCAAGGCAGGACACCACUUAUGGUGGCUUCUUGUGAAGGACACUUGAGCACUGUGGAAUUUCUACUUUCCAAAGGUGCAGCCAUUUCAUCCCUGGAUAAAGAGGGGCUGACGGCACUGAGCUGGGCCUGCCUAAAGGGCCAUAGGGGAGUGGUUCAAUAUUUGGUUGAAAAAGGUGCAACAAUAGAUCAGAUGGACAAGAAUGGACGAACACCCUUGGAUCUGGCAGCUUUUUAUGGAGAUUCUGAUAUUGUGCAGUAUUUAGUAGAGAAGGGUGCAGUGAUUGAACACGUAGACUACAGUGGAAUGCGUCCAUUAGACAGAGCAAUUGGAUGUCGAAAUACGUCGGUAGUGGUCACGCUACUUAGAAAAGGCGCCAAAUUAGGAAAUGCAGCGUGGGCAAUGGCCACUUCUAAACCUGAUAUUCUGAUUAUUCUACUGCAGAAGUUGAUGGAAGAAGGAAACAUAAUGUACAAAAAAGGGAAGAUGAAAGAAGCAGCUCAGCGAUAUCAGUAUGCCUUAAGGAAGUUUCCUCGGGAAGGGUUUGGAGAAGAAAUGAAAGCUUUCAAUGAACUAAAAGUUUCCCUGUAUUUAAACCUGUCACGGUGUCGCAGAAAAACAAAUGACUUUGGCAUGGCAGAAGAGUUUGCUACCAAGGCACUUGAUCUGAAACCCAAAUCCUAUGAAGCCUAUUAUGCUAGAGCAAGAGCCAAGAGAAACAGCAGACAGUUUCUUACAGCUCUUGCUGACCUACGUGAAGCCAUAAAAUUGUGCCCCAGUAAUCAAGAAAUCAAAAGGCUCCUAGCUAGGGUAGAAGAGGAGUGCAAACAGUUUCAAAGAACACAGCAACAAAAGCAGCAGUCUCCACAGCCAGCACAGCAGAAUGACUCUGACAAUGAGGAGGUUCUUGUCCAAGGAGUGAAUGAUCAUUUCAAUAUUGAAGAAAGAAAAGAAGAAUUUCCACACCAUGAUGACUCCUUUCCAUCUUCACAGAGGCUGCAGCGUUCCCAGACAGCUUCUCCCUACAGCAGAACCCUUCAAGAAGGCCUUCAGCAGAAAGCCAGACCCAUGUCCCCUCAGAAAAAAAACGGGAGUAAAUAUCUGAGAGAACCAGGGUUGAUCAUGCAACCUACAAAGCAAGCACAGAUUGUGAAAACUAAUCAGCAUUUUAAUUCCAUUCAGCCUGGAUCAAGAACCGGAGCUACACUGUGUAAUGCAAAGACACAGUCUCCUUUUCAGCAUCUUCCCACAAAUGCUAUGCCUGUCCGACACCCUGGAAAUCUAACCAAUAAAAGUCAGCAUUUAGAUGGGCCAAACACUUUAUCAUCUGGAAGCAUUCCCACAGAUUUCAGCUCUGGACUGUACAAUGAAAAGUUAGCAUCCAACCAGUGCCCCCAGCAUAGUGAGUGUGUCUCUUCUCACGCUUUCACAAGCAAGGCCAAAAUCACUGAUAGGCUCAAUGUCCUUGCACCUUCAGUCAUGGAGAAAGCAGCUCCAAUUCAAGGAAUUCAAAUGAAUUGCAGUGAAGCAAGGCAGCAAGCCUCUGUAACUAAUGUCGUCUCUUCUGGCUCUCCAUGUAGCAGCAUGAUCAUUUCCAGUUCAACCAAUAGUUUAACUUCAAGCAGCAGCUUUUCAGAUAGCGUGAAAGGGUUAGGGCCAGAUGUUCGAAUCAAGGAAAAUAAAGUUAGUCAAGUUCAGAGUGGUACGACUGAACACAGACCUCGGAAUACACCAUUUAUGGGGAUCAUGGAUAAGACAGCAAGGUUUCAGCUGCAGAGUAAUCAAACCAAUCGCACUUGGCAUUGUCAGGCAUCUGAAGGAUUACUAACAGAUGCUUCUGGUGGGUUUGUUCAAUCUGUAAACUGUGAGCAAUUCUCUGCCAGACAGACAGGUGGAUACAGUAAUCAGACUAAAACUUCCUCUCCUGCUAUUGCCCUGGGAGAAAAUAUCCAAAAUGGAAUGCAACCUAAAGAACUUGAAGAGCUCAAGUGCCAAAUGUCUGCCCACUGUCAAGAUACCAGGAUGUCUAAAACAGUUCCUCAUUUCUAUCCAGAUGCUAUAUCUGAACAGCAGUCUCAUGUUAAUAAGGAAGGUCAUCUAAGUCCUGUCAGUUCUGCAAAACCAAAGCGAUCUUUCAUAGAGUCUAAUGUAUGAAUAUAUCAUUUUAUAUAAUAAUAAACUGAUUGUAAAACUUA